AUGGAGCCAAGACCUAUUGACCUUCUCAUUGGCGUGGAUUUCUUCGGAUCAAUUGUGGAGCCACAGAUCAUUAAGGGGCCUUCAGACUCCCCUAUAGCAAUGCACCCUAUUUUCGGUUGGGUGGUACUAGGACCUACUUCAGCGAUGAUUCCAAUGGUGGCCAGCUCUAGUCACAUUGCAGUCAGCAACGAGGAACUCUACGACCUUCUCACUUCGUUCUGGCUGCAGGAGGAGGUCCCAAAAGCCGAGGAUAGUGAUCUCACGAAAGAAGAGGCAGAAUGUGAGGAGUUUUUCCAGCGCACCCAUUCACGAGACAGCUCAGGGCGCUAUGUGGUUCGCCUGCCUCUUGCACGUUCUCCGACAGAGCUUGGCGACUCUUAUGGUCGGGCUAAAGCGUGUCUCUCCAGCCUGUUCCGGAGAAGGGAGCGGGAUCAACGGACCCUUCAGCUAUAUAGUGUUUUUCUCAAGGAGUACGAAGAUCUGGGACACAUGGUGCGUGUUCCAGCCUUAACUGGUUCGAGGAAUGCCGGGAGCGUGAAGGUCGGCUGUCGAUCUGAGGGGAUGACCGUGGCACAUGGGGCUUCGGCUUCAGGAGGGUUGAGGGUCCCUGAGGAGAAGCAGUCGGCUCGUGUCUCCAUUCGGUGUUCUGUUCAGAGGCAAGCUUAUUCGUCAACUCCUAUGUACUACUUUCCUCAUCAUGGUGUUCUCAGGGAAAGUAGUGAAACAACGAAGCUGAGGGUAGCCUUCAAUGGCUUUAGUAAGACCAGCUCAGGAGUAUCUCUCAAUGACAUCCAACAUACUGGAGCCAAACUGCAGAAGAAUAUCUCUGAUGUGCUGCUCUCAUCCAGGCGGAGCAGGUACAUUUUCAUGACGGACAUAGCGAAGAUGUUCCGUCAAAUCAAGGUGCUUCGUGAGGACUGGCUUCUUCAACGGGUUCUGUGGCGGGAUUCUCAAGGUCAGAUCAGCACCUACCAGCUCACCACCGUGACCUACGGGACUAAAUCGGCCCCAUUCUUAGCCUGUAGAGUUCUCAACCAACUGGUCGCGGACGAAGGACGUCGUUUUCCUCUAGCAAUCUCUCCGCUGACCAGUGAAAGAUACGUGGAUGACAUCUGUGGUGGUGCUGAAGAGGAGAGUGACCUUCUAGAAUUCUCCAAGCAAGUGAGGGAUCUUUGCUUAGCUGGUGGUUUCCCUCUAGCAGUGGCAUAG